AUGAUAUCAACAAGAGAACCGAAAUACCGGGGCCAAAGCCCAGCCAUUCUCCGCUGCAGUUUGGUGAAUCUGACAUACAAGCACCUGCAGGUCAACCCCGACCACUCCAUCAUCGAGACCCUGAGGCAGAAGGCGGAGGCGGACAAGAACGACAAGUCCGUGAAGGACCUGGUCAUCCUGCUCUACGAGACCACGCUCCUCUCCUCCAGCUUCAGUCUGGAGGACCCGCAGACACACGCCAACAGGAUCUACAGGAUGAUCAGGCUUGGCCUGGGUAUUGAUGAAGACGACCCCACUGCUGACUACACGGCCGCAGCUGUGACGGAGCAGAUGCCGCCCCUGGAAGGCGACGACACCUCCCGCAGGGAGGAAGUGGACAUGACUUUCAAUGACUUUUAA